GAUAAGCCCAAAAGUAUACAGCAAGCUUAAGAUGAAACGCUUGAAUUAAUCUGGAAAUCAAAAUAAUAUUUACGUUUAAAAUUACCGUUUUCUUUGUGGGUGGAGAAAAUCAACUUGUUUGCCAUAAUGCUCAUUACAAAUCAUUACACGCUAAUUAUAACAACAUUAUUUGACAAACGAAUUACGAAAUCAAUGAGUUGUAGCUAAUGAUUUUCAAUUAUUAAUAAACAUUAGUAUUGAACCAAAAAAUAGCCGCUAUUGCAACAUAUAGUCCAUUUGCAAAAAUGAUGGCACUUGUAUCCAGGAGAUUGCUCCUAAUCACCGCUGCUAUUUUGUGCAGCUUGAGUUUAAGAAUCGAGUGCAGGUCGAAGUCCCGAUUUACCAAUAUGCUGUGCGAGUCCUACAAUGAUUCGUAUGCAGAUUUUAAGAAAUGUAAACUUAAUUUAUUGGGAAGAGGUCGCGUUGGAGCCGACAUAUAUGUAAAGCUGUCUGAACUGCCCAUAGACAACAGUUGGAUUAAUUGGUCCAUUUACCGCCGCUACAAUGGAUUUCGUCCGUUUUUGUACAAUGUCAGCACAGAUCUCUGCCAGCUAUUAGAAAACUCGAAUGUUUUGUCGUUUCAAGGACUCGUUAUGAAUGCCAUUAUGACGCGAUCAAAUUUAAAUCACUCAUGUCCAUACAACCACGACAUUAUUAUUGAUAACCUGGAGUUUUCCGAUGAUUUCCUCAAGAAUUUGCCUCUACCGCAAGGCGUCUAUAAAAUACAACUUCGAUUUGCAACAUACAAAGUUUGGAGGGUACAGGUAACAAUGUUCUUUGAGAGAGCAGAAUAA